AUGCUGACUGGUGAACAUGUGAAGGACAGCCAAGGAAAGCUGGUGAAUAUGGCCAACUCGACCUGGCGGGACCCAACAGAGGCAGGUAUGGGAGGUCUGAAUGUCCAAGGGGCCAUUACAGGGAGUACUCUUACUUUCAAAAGUAUCAUCGGAAGUCAUUGCGGAGUGAAUCCCCUUCCCGUUGAUAUGUUGGAAGAAUCUGGUCUCGAAAUCUACCAGCCCUGUCUGCCACAACUUUUCGAUGCAUUCAACAAGGCCAAGAGCCCCGUGCAACCAAGACAGUCCGAGAAGGUUGAGAGACGCGACGCGGCAUCUAACCAGUCGGAGGCUGUGGAGUACCCGUGGAAAUCGGUUUUCAUGCAAUCCAUCACUGACGACUAUGAUCGCCAGAACGUCCUCAAUGACCACAUGGGAUUCAAACACCAGGUCGUCAAGAGCACAUUGCAAAACCCGCACUCGAAAUACCGCGCCAAGGGCGAAGAGAUCAACUACUUCGGCUACGCCGAGACCGAACUCAAACCAUACAUCCGCGAUCUUUUCCAGGAGGCUGCCAUCAACAAAACCCGCCUCUUCCUUUCCCACGUCACCAGCACAACCCACCAUCCAUGGGGAACCCCAGAGCAUUUCAAAAAGGUGUCCUACAUGGGCGACGAAGGAACAAUCAACCAUGACCCGAUGAACAACUACAUCAACGCCGCGCGAUUCGUCGACAACUGGCUCGGCGAAAUAAUGACUAUGCUCGACGAGUCCGGCCUCGCCAACAACACCCUCGUCGUCAUCGUGGGCGAUCACGGCCAAGCCUUCGCCGAGGACAACAAGGAUCUGACAGGAACCUACAACAACCCUCACAUCAGCAAUUUCCGCGUGCCCCUCGUCUUCCGACACCCCCACAUGCCCCGAAUCCACAUCUCCGCCAACGCAACCUCCCUCUCCAUCAUCCCAACUAUCCUGGACAUGCUGAUUCAAUCCGAAUCCCUGGACAAGCAGGACUCGGCAAUCGCAUCCGCAGUUCUACCAGAGUACCAAGGCCAAUCGCUAAUCCGACCCUUCCGCACCUCGAUUCUCGAAAACGAAGACGCCGAAGACGGCAACAAAAAGCUGGCCUGGAACUUCGGCCUCAUCAACGCCGGCGGUGCUAAGAUGUCUGUCACAGCAGCAGGCACCCCGUACAGACUUAUCCUGCCGAUCAAAGAGGACUCGGAAUAUGUCUUCUCUCAUCUGGGCACUGACCCGGGUGAACUCUCUCCCAUGAAGUCAUGGUCUCUGUCCCGGCUGGCUGACACCGUGAAAACCAAGUUCGGCAGCGAAGCGGCUGCCUGGCUUGAAGAUGCGGAGAAAGUCGGCAAGUGGUAUGUUAAUGACCAGAGGCGAAUUUGGGGGUAUAGGGAAGCUUGA